GCAGCAGCGCACAGCGGCGGGAGUAAAUCUGUCCGUUUUGAACCAUGGCGACCGACUAAACGAUGCCUUUCGCAGAGGUUGACGGAGAUGUGAGGAGAAGUGUGUGCCCCAUGUUGCAUUAGUGUCUGUGUGAAAUGCUGGCCUGUCUGCCAGGGCCAGGUGACCUCCCCCUCCAGCAUCUCCCCCACACGCAGAUGAACACUGGACUUCAGAAAUGGGACACCACACAAAGGAUGAGAUCCACUCCGUUCCCAAGCCCUGCAGAAUUGGAUGCCUAUGCUAAGAAAGUUGCCAACAAUCCGCUCACCAUCAAAAUCUUCCCCAACAGUGUCAAAGUCCCGCAGCGGAAUCACGUCCGGCGUACCGUCAACGGGCUGGACACAUCGGGCCAGCGCUACAGUCCUUACCCUUCCUCUCAGGCCAACGCCAAGACUGGCCUCCUCGCCAUCGUCAAGGUGCCCACCGUCAAAGGCAUCCUCAAAGACUUCGCCGGCAGCCGGGCUCGCUUGCACCCCGAAGUCAUCAUGAACCACCUGAGCGGCGGACCUUACCAAGUGGCUUCGACCAGCACUUUAAACCACCACCACCUGACUCUGCCAAACCUUCCCCAACCUCAGCAGAGCCUAGCCCUGCAAUCCCAGGACGCACCUCAGACUAUCCAGAUGCCACUCGCUCGGCAACAAAGCCUCAGACAUCCUCUCCCCAUGGCCCAGCACUCUCAGGGCCCAACCAGACUGCAGACUGUCUCUCAGCACCCAUCCCUCGGCCACCCGCACGUCCCCUCUGCUGUCCUACUUCAGCAGCAGCAGCAGCAGCAGCAGCAGCAGCCGCCGCCGCCGCCAGGCCUGCAGGCGAGCCGAAAGCUGCCAGAUGGCGACGCACCACCUAACGUGACCGUCUCUACCUCAACCAUUCCCCUCCCUAUGGCCACGGGGCUGCACCAGGGCCGCCAGCCAGACCUGAGCACCAUCAUGCACCAGAUCAACCAGUUCUGCCAAGCUCGGGCCCAAGGCGCCGGGUCGGCGUCCGUGUGCGAGGGCCAGAUCGCCAACCCCAGCCCCAUCAGUCGCAACCUGCUUAUCAGCGCUUGCUCCAGGGUGUCCAUGCACAACAACCCCGCCGCCGGCUUCCCCCAGCACAACUGCAUGAUCGGCCCUCGAGAGAAAGCAACUAUCCCGAUGGGGGCCCGCCCUUUACCCAGUGUGACCAUGAACCACUUGCCUUCCAACCACACAGAUCUCAAGCAGCAUCAGCACCCCCAGCAGCAGCUGCAGUUGCAACCCAACACACAACAACAAAAGAUGCGCUCUUGGAAUCAGCAUCAGUUGAGCCAUGUGCCCCCUAUUCAGAACAGUUGUAAGCAGCCUAGCAGGGAAGCCGCCUUCCACUUCAAGGGGAUGGGCUACCCUGCCGACAUGUGCGCGGGUCAGCCGUACAUGCUGAAACCUCCUCUCGAUAGGCCAACCCCCUCUCCGCCCGUCAACCACAACGGCAUGACGGGCCCCGUGGCCCACUACCCGAACGGUCACUACUUUCAAUCCCACGUUUGGAACAGCAGCAUCCUCCCUACACCCAACAGCGACAGCUCCGGCUCUCAGGACGUAGCCAUGCCAUUCCACGGAGCGGGCCCGGGGGGGUGCGCCGCAAUCGAAUGCGGGCCCCCGGGGGCUCCCCAUUACAGGCUACCGGCGAGCUCCUCCACCUCCUCUACCCAGACUAAUCUGAUGCAAACCACAGAUUACAUGGGCGGGGACUUCCAGACGCCCUACUUCCGCGAUCACAAUCUGGGGUUAAUGGGCAAGAUGCACAGGCCCCCUGUGAGCAGGGUGGGGCCGGAGGUCGGGGAUGGUAGAAGCGCUCUCCUCCAGCAUCCAGGGUACAGAUAAGCUAUGGCCUUGUCUCCGCAAGUUAUCAACCCCCUUUGUUUAGUCUUAAGAAAACACGAUAACUUGACAAAACUGCAAAUCUUAAAGAGGGUAAAUGAAUAUAUUUAAUUCAUGAAGUAAAAUAGUUCUUUUUUUUUUUUUUUUUUUGGAUCAAUCUUGCAAGUGAUCAAUUGUUGUUUUUCUUUUUUCUUUUUUCUUGUUGUUAGUGAAUGCUUCCACCCGGAACAUUUAGGAUUCACGUUCCAAAGCGCGUCGGCGAGUCUACUGUCAUUCCUGCUUUUUGCUCCACCAUACAUGUGUGUGCCUGGGUCUCGACAGAUCCUGUGUUAUUUCCACGUCACAAGUUUGUAAGGUUUCUCACGAGCAAAUAAACAUGUCAAUCCCAUUGCCGAAAAAGAGCGGCAACAUCUAUCGUCGGAUGCGCUGCGAGGAACCUCUGGCUCCGACUUGUCUUAUUCGACAAGGAAAGACUUUUUCUGUGUGUAAUAAUCUUGUUUGAGAGAACAGCCGUAAAAGUGUGUGUAUGUGUGCAGAGCUUUUACUAUUUUCAGAUGUAAUUAUUUAUUUGUGGAAUAGGACUAUUAAAACUCGAUUCCUUGCCGUCGCAUAGAGACAAACGCAAUCGGGUUGUUCGUAGAUUGCAAGGAUUGCCAUGGUGAUGUGCUCUGUCCUGCUUCAAAUGCUGCAAUGAAUUCAGGUGUUUUAAAAACCUCGCGGCCAGGCCGGGGAGGAUUUGGUUACGAGGUUGCGAAAAGGUUCGAGCGGAAAGCUUGUAAGCGUUAAAGAUGGCCCGAGGCAAACGCUGACUUUCUGCAGCGCUCAACAUAAAUGAGAACGCUCCAAAAGAUUUGUUAGAAAACACCAUUUUCAAAACACUCAUACAAUGUGGACAGGUGCUUCAGAUUGAGCAGGCAAAAGGUUUCUCUCUCUCUCUCCAGUGUGCGUUCUCUCGUCGAAUGAAUGAAUGCCCAAAGUACGCUGGGAUAGACUUCGGCUCAACUGUUGAGCCCGUGACGCUAAUGACAACUGAGCUGUGUAGAAAAUGGAUGGAUGGAGUACACGCCAAAGGAAGUCCGGCAGACCGAAAUUAGAUUUUUUUGUUUGUUUAUGUAUUGUGGUGACAUUGACCAGGGAUGUGUAUCUUCAUGGGAUGGGCAGGAGAUGGAUUUAAAUGGAGUUGGCGUCAAAGGGAGUGGUUGGCUGUUUGAUUUGAAAACACUUAUGUGGAGAGAAAAGUAACAUGACUGGUUCUUGUCUCCCCGUCUUGUAAUUUACCGCAUCUCCACAAUAAUUCAACCACAUGAGUGCAGUCAUCAUCACAAUUAAGAAAAUGCUCUAUGGCUCUUUAUGUUGAGCGUUGUAUUGGGGAGGUGUGUCAUUUUCUUUUACAAAGCAUUUUUCCGGGAAACCGUGACAAAUGUAUUACUUGAAUGUGGAGAUAAUUGCGAUACAAUAGAUGUGAGUACAUAGUGUUACUAAUUUCACGUGGGAUCGAACUAAGCGCAGUUGGAUCCCGAGUGGAAGUGUGGUUGCUACUGAUUCCGAUGUGAAGACCAAAUUGAUCACUUGCAAGAUGACAGACAGAAACACAGCAGACUUUUUACAUUGAACAGCAAACGCAUUGUUUAUUUUAUUGUACACUGGCUUACCUACUAGACUACUGUAACAUUUAAACUUCAAUGAUUGUGUGUGUGUGUGUGCGUGCGUGCGUGCGCGCGCGCGAAUGUGAAUGUGUUUAUUUGUGUGGUCAUGAUGACACCCAUGUUUUGCUCACCUACCAACCCCUAAAAAGCCUUAAUUGUUUGGUCCUCGGACUUUCCUCGAGCAUGGUUUUAAUGAAACCCCCAAAUAAUAAGGAUAAGGAAGACGGUGGUAAGAAGACAACAAACACAGCGUUUUUUGGGUUUUGUUUUGUUUUUUACCCUGGUCUUUUUAUUUUAAUUAAAGUGUAUUGACUAGACGGAGCAAUUCCGUAGAGAUUUGUUAUGGGAAGCAAGAAAAGGAGUGAUAUGUUAAUUAUACAAUAUAUUUUAGCAGUGUGUAGUUACUGAGCUGUAACAUUUUUUCCCCCAACUUUCAAAGCUUCUGUUUUGCAGUUGUGACUAUUUAUAAUACUUGAUUUGCUUAUUUAUGUUUUCCCCCCCUCCUGUUCAAUUGCUGUGAAAAGGAAGAAGGUCCAUAGCCUAUCUUUUGUCAUCUUUCAAGACGGAUCAGAAGCAAGCGCGUGAGAGAGUUGUGCUACUCUUUUUGUAAUAUUGUAAUAAUAAAAUAAAAUUCUAAUUUAUGCUUUCAUAUGUGUCUGAGCCAUUGUUUGGAUUCACGGUGCAUUAAUUACAAACGAGAACAAU